CGUCAUCCAAUUCGAUUGCGAAAUCCAACCUGCCUCCAGGCGAUACUUCCAUCGAACGAGGCUCCUUGUAGUACUCGUAGUAGAUCCUACUCGUUCAACCUCAUCGCAUUUGCUCAGAUGAAGCGACCUGUUACCCACCGUUAGUUCAUAGACUCGCCCCCGCCCGGGUUACGGCGCAAUAUAGUCAAGAUGUUAGAAGGCUUGGUCGCUGGGUUGCUCAACCGCUUCUUGGGCAUGUAUGUCAAGAAUUUUGAUCCUACCCAAUUGAAAGUCGGUAUAUGGUCUGGCGAUGUGAAGCUCCGGAAUUUGGAGCUCCGCAAAGAGGCUCUUGAUCAGCUGAAGCUUCCCAUAAAUGUCAUGGAAGGCCAUCUAGGAGAGUUGACCCUCGUCAUUCCCUGGUCAAAUUUGCGAGGGGCACCGGUAAAGGUAUUAAUCGAGGACGUUUUCCUGCUGGCGUCUCCGAAAGAAGAGGCGGCCUACGACGAGGAAGAGGAAGAACGCAGAAGACAGCGAUUAAAAAUGGAAAAAUUGGAUUCUGCUGAGCUUUUGAAAGAGAGGUCGCAGGAAGGACUCAGCCAGGAAGAGCAAAAGAAGAGUCAGAGUUUUACAGAGAGCUUAGUCACUAAAAUUGUCGACAAUCUGCAGGUCACAGUGAAAAACAUUCAUGUGAGAUACGAGGACUUCAUAUCAGCCCCGGGACAUCCGUUUGCCCUAGGUGUCACCCUUGCCGAGUUCAGUGCAGUCAGUACCGACGGCGAAUGGAACCCUACUUUCAUCCAAAACUCGACCGAGACAACGCACAAGCUAGCCACACUCGGUGCGUUAGCAAUCUACUGGAAUACAGAUAGCACCCUACUUGGUCCGGGCCGUGAAGUGGAUAGAGGAGAGGAGCAUUUGUCCCACGCCGAUAUGGUUAAAAGCUUCAAAAAUAUGAUUGGCAAGGGAAAUGAUACUGCCACAGAGGCAGAUCAUCAGUUCAUUUUAAAGCCGGUAAGCGGUCAGGCAAAGAUUGAGCUCGACAAGACAGGCGACGUGCAUGUGCCCAAAUUCAAAGCGAGCUUGCUUUUCGAUGAAAUCGGCGUUGUUCUCGACGAUGAUCAAUAUCGUGACGCGUUAAUGAUGGUUGACCUUUUCCAUUAUUUCAUUCGUCAUCAAGAAUACAAGAAGCUUCAGCCUAAGGGGGUGACGCCCAAGGAAGACCCUCGUGCUUGGCUCAAGUUUGCUGCCAAUGCAGUGCUCACUAAAAUCCACGAGAAGAACCGAAGGUGGACUUGGGACUACUUCCGUGAGCGCCGUGAUGACCGUCGUUCAUAUAUCGAGUUGUUCAAGAAAAAGAAGGCAAAUCAGCAACUCACACUAGAGGAAAUUGACAAUCUCAAUAAGCUCGAGUGGAAACUAGGGUAUGAAGAUUUGCGAUUCUGGAGGUCGCUAGCUCGCAACCAAUUGCGAAAGGAGAAUGCGGAGGCACUCAGAAGAGCACCGCCUAAAAAGGAGCAGCAGCAACAGGGCUGGUUAGCUUGGGCUUGGGGUUCGAAGCCUUCCGAGCAAACCGACUCUACGGAGGAAAAUACUCAGAUGACCGAGGAGCAGCGCAAAGAGCUCUACGAGGCGAUCGACUGGGACGAGAAAACCGCUCUAGCUGAAGUUGUGGACACACCACGCGACAUUAUCAAAAUGCAGGUCGAUGCGUCUCUUAGCACUGGUAGUUUUACUCUAAGACAGAAUCCUCAUGGAAAAACGACCGAUUUGCUAAGUCUGCAUUUUGACGUCUUUAAGGCGAAAGUAUUCAAGAGGCCCGACUCCGUACUCGCUGAUAUUAGCCUGGGCGGUUUCCGAGUCAAUGAUGGUACUACCCCAGAGAGCUUGUUUAAGGAGAUUGUUCGGGUCAAAGACGCUCCAGAAGCGAAAAAUAAGAGACGGCUUUCCAUCGCCGAACUCGAGAGGGCUGAACAGGAGACCUUCUUUGAUUUGCAGGUUGAGCAAAAUCCCCUUGAUGGUCAGAGCGACUUUGCGGUCACGGCGAAGCUCAAACCACUGGAGAUUGUGUGGAAUCCUAACUUCGUUGUGGGUGUCGUUGACUUCUUCAAACCACCCGAGAGGCACAUGGAAUCUAUAACAGCGUUGAUGGAGACUGCCGGCGCUACCGUUGAGGGGUUGAGACAGCAGACGCGUGCUGGUCUUCAGUUUGCGCUUGAAGAGCACAAAACUAUAAACGCGAAAUUAGACCUCCAGGCACCUCUUAUCAUAAUCCCUCAGUCUAUCAAGACGCCACGAUCUACAUGUCUCAUUCUAGACGCCGGUCAUAUUAGCGUCAACAGUGAGCUUGUUGAUAAAGGGACUUUGAAACAAGUACAGGAUAAGCACAACCACCAAUUCUCCGAUGAAGACUUCAAACAGCUCGAGUCUCUUAUGUAUGAUCGGUUCCUAGUCAAACUAACGUCAACGCAGGUCCUUAUUGGACCUUCUAUCGAAGAGACAAAGUCUCAAUUAAUUGAGAAGGAUGACAGUCGGAUGCUUCAUAUCGUGGAGAAAAUCAAUGUUGAUUUUGUAGUAGCUCUGUCAAUAUUGCCAAAAGCACCUAAUUUGACGAAGGUCAAAGUAUCAGGACACAUGCCUGUACUCCAUGCAAUGGCUUCAGACACCAAGUAUAAAAGCCUCAUGAAGUUAAUUGAUGUUGCAAUACCAAAGUUCGAUGAAGAGCAUCACCCUAGAACCGAAGGACAGUCUAUGAAGCCUCGCCAACUUAGUUCUUCGUCGAACCGCUUACCAAAACUACAAGAUCGCAAGGCUUCAUCCAACUUAUUUCUAACUCAGCAAACCGCCGUGAUCCUAGAAGAUGACUCUGACGAUGGCUUGGAUGAAUUUGAAGAUGCUGCGGAUGGAACUUCGAAUCAACGGCUUAAAACACAGCAGCGCAACUUUGAGUUCAAGUUCGCUGUCGACAAGUUACAAGGCUCUCUCUAUCGGAGUGACCCCGAUGGAGUGCAGCCUGAAUCCCUACUUGUGGAACUAAUCGCGGAGAAUUUCGAUCUCAACUUCUAUAUUCGGCCUUACGACAUGGCAGCCGAGGUAUCACUAGGCUCCGUGACGGUAGACGACUUCGUUGAUAAUCCUCCGGCGGAGUUCAAAUCUAUCGUGUCUUCCGGCGAUACCGAAGACCGCCAGCAACAAAGAGAUCUUGUCCGCGUCAGGUUCACCAGAGUCAAGAAGGAAUCUCCAGAGUUCAUGCCUGUAUAUGAGGGCAUAGAGACCAACGUCAAUGUUGCUGUUUCAACUAUCAACCUGGUUGUUACAAGAAAGACCUUGCUUACACUACUAGACUUCGUGCUCACGACAUUUACCAACAAUAAUAACUCGGGCUCCCAACAGCAGAGAAGGUUUAUAGAUGUGGGCGAGGAAGACACGGUUGAGAUUAUUGAACCAGCAACUGGUUCACAGCAGAGUGAGGGCGGUUCCAUCCGCGUCAAGGUCGAUCUGAAGAGUAUCCGCAUGAUUCUAAAUAACGAUGGGAUUCGAUUAGCAACUCUCUCGUUCAACCAAGCUGAUGUUGGUGUUUUCCUUCUUGGUAGGACGAUGAGAGUAGCAGCAAAACUAGGCGACCUGACACUAGUAGAUGAUGUUAAUAUUGGCGCGUCAGAAAGUUCGAGCUUCCGUCAGCUCGUUACAAUCCAAGGGGAUGAGCUCGCUGAUUUCCGUUACGAAACAUACGAUCCAAGCAACGAGAAAAUCUACCCAGGAUACGAUUCAUCUAUAUACUUACGUGCGGGAUCUAUCAAGGUUAAUUUCCUUGAAGAGCCAUUCAGAAAGAUCAUCGAAUUCUUGGUCAAGUUUGGCAAAAUGCAGGCCAUUUACAAUGCUGCUCGUCAAGCAGCUGCUAACCAGGCUCAGCAAUUGCAGCAAAGCACCAGCAGAUUCAAGUUUGACGUCAUAAUAAACACCCCUAUCAUCGUAUUCCCCCGUCACCUUUCUCCGGAUCGACCAAAACGCGAUCUAAUUACUGCUUAUCUGGGUGAAAUAUACGCCCAGAACAAAUUUGUGCCGUUAGAUGAUGCGGAGGACUCGGAAAUCGGCAUGAAGCUUUCCGCAGGUAUCAGAAACAUCAGACUAACGUCGCUAUUCCAUUAUCCUAACGAACAGUCCGAAGAACUUGAAAUGAUUGAUCAUGUAGAUCUUGGCUUCAACCUUACCUACGCUGAACACAAAGAGGGAUGGAAGCGUCCAGAUAUGGAGAUUGGAGGCAGCAUGACUGACUUCAACCUAAGAAUCACUCAAUAUCAGCUCAACUUCCUCCUAGAAAUUUCCAGAUCAGUGCCAGCAGCCUUCGCUACAGAUGCCGAUGCUAGAGGAGAAGAAGCUGAGCGAGAUGUGGACGAGGGUACAUUGCGACGCGCUAAAACGAUGUCAUCCACCACCAGCAGGUCUGAGGACCAGUUAAUUGACCUCUCUCCAGAACUAGGCUCUAGAGAGGACGUCUGGACGAAACUCGACCUCGUUUUCAAUAUACACAAAAUAGGCCUUGAGCUAAUCAAUGCUCAUGAAAACCAACCUGUGGGUGACAUGGACAGCGCUAGUCUGUCACGAUUCUCCUUGGAUGAUAGCAGGUUGAAGACUCGAGUACUGGCAGACCGCUCGUUAGAAGCAGAGUUUGUGAUUCAAUCAUUCACCAUACAUGAUAGUCGCACUCGCGAAGAUAGCAAGUAUAGAAGAAUCAUGGCAUCUUCUAAUAAGAACGUCCAGCAAUUCAUGGCGAGCGUAUCAAUGUCAGGCGGCGAUGAGCGCAAUUUAAUUGCUGUGAUCGCCAUUGACAGCCCUAGGAUCAUCUUCGCUUUGGACUACCUCUUCGCGAUUCAAAAGUUCCUCAUGGCUGGACUACAAGCUAAGGAGCCCCCACAAGCUGCCUUGGAAAGUCCCGUGGAGACUCCCGAUAUUUCUGAUGCCGAGUCAAUGCAAGUACAGUCGACUGGGAAGUCAUCUCAAAAAAGUACAAAGAAAUCCCAGUCAGAAUCGGGGGCUACCAAGAAUGGGGAGUCUAAGCUCAGCAUUGCCUUCCGUGUUAAUAUUGUCGACUCGCAGGUCAUACUAAUAGCUAACCCCCUCAGCUCUAGCUCGGAAGCAAUUGUGUUAGGGACGAAACAAGUACUACUCUCGCAACAACACUCGUUGACAUUUCAAGUUAGCCAAGUUGGCAUGUUUCUCUGCCGCAUGGACAAGUUUGACGACACUCGACUUCGUAUCCUUGACGACUUCUCAGUCCAAGUAUCGAUGGACAAUUCGCGGACUGACUAUACAAACAUCCACGUUGAUAUUGACCCAUUAAUUCUUCGGCUUUCGCUUCGAGAUAUACUUCUUGUUCUCCAGAUCAUUAGCAAGGCAUCUGAACUUUCCGAGAAGGACGAUAACGAACCUAAUGCCAGUGCGUCUAACAAGAAAACCAAGGAAAUUCGGCAAGCUGGUCUUAAAGAACGUACAGCAAGUGGUCGGGGACACUCUACUGUUGCUACCAGUAGGAGUAAAACGGCCAAAACUUCAGGUACGAUAGUCACUAAGAAAUCCGGGAAGGGUCAAUUGAACCAACCUCAUGAUGUCAGUACGGCUCCUAAGCGCCAUGAGGAACUUAGUGCCGCAAUUGCUGGAAUUCGUGUUGUGCUGAUUGGUGAUGUUCACGAGUUACCGAUUCUGGAUCUCAGCAUUAACAAAUUUACGGCUUCAUCGACGGACUGGUCCAGCAACCUCAAAGCAGAGACUGCGAUUGAUAUGUAUAUCAACGUCUACAACUUCGCAAAGUCCGCUUGGGAGCCACUCUUGGAGCCCUGGCAAGUAGGCCUUGGCGUUGCAAAGCAGCAAGAUACAGGUCUCUUCUCGGUUGAUGUCUCGUCCAAAAGAACAUUUGAUAUUACAAUCACAACCGCAACAAUCGCCUUGGCGUCUAAAUCAUUCGACUUCUUGACCAAAGAUGAAGAUGUCUUGGGUAAACCUCGUGGAGUAGAGGCCCCCUACAAAAUCCGGAAUUAUACAGGCUUUGACGUCUUAGUGGAGGCUAGAAGUCAGAGCAAUGACGAGAAGAUCUCCCUCAAGCUACAAGACGGCGAAGAGGGUCCAUGGAGCUUCGAACACUGGGAAAAGGUCCGAGAAAAUAUCACGUCGGAAAGCAGUGCGACAAGCAGCGUUGCCGUUGAAAUCGAAGGCAGUGGUUUCGAUAUAGUCAAGAACAUUCGUCUUAACCGUGAGGGCGAAUUCCUCUAUAGCCUACGACCUAAGACGGAUAAUACCCUCCAUCGGCUACUGGUUGAAGUAAAACUAGGCUCAGACAACAUCAAAUAUGUUACCCUUCGAUCACCCCUUGUGGUAACAAACGAGACACAGAUACCCGUCGAAUUAGGUGUGUAUGAUGCCCAAGAAGGGCAUCUGCUUAAGAUCGAGAAGAUUUCACCAGGGGAAAGUCGACCGGCUCCGGUGGCUGCCGCUUAUGUGAAAUCCUUGUUGGUACGACCAGAUUCUGGGUUUGGUUACGCAUGGUCAUCCGAACAUUUGUGGUGGAGAGAUUUACUCAAGAGACCAACACGCACACUCGUGUGCAAAGGCGAGAAUAGUGACACAUUCUAUUUCCAACUCAACGCAAGCUUUGAUCGUGGCCACUUCCUCACCGGGAAAUAUCCGUACAUGAGAUUAAAACUCUCUCCUCCAAUAGUCCUAGAGAACCUUCUUCCCUACGACUUCAAAUAUCGCAUUUAUGACAGAAACACGAAACGGGAUUGGACGAACUUUCUGCGGAAGGGUGGCGUUAGCCCCGUUCACGUAGUAGAGUUGUCUCAUCUUCUAUUGCUGAGUAUCGACAUGCAAGAUACCAACUUGAAGCCCAGCGAGUUUGCUAUCAUCAACCCUGGCGCACAUGAAGACUUCCGUAAAGAGUAUAAACUGAUAUGCAAAGAUAGUGAAGAUCUCUCUCUACAUCUUAGACUUCAUUAUUUCAAGAUCCCAGACGGGGGUGGCGCUUUCAAAGUUGCCGUAUAUAGUCCCUAUGUCGUACUCAAUAAGACUGGUCUACCGGUCGAUAUUCGCGCUAAGCAAUUCUUACAACAGCCGAAGAAGGCUGCGGGUCAAUCGGCCUUGGCGGAUACUUCAGAUCAAGAGCGGCCGAAAGCUUUGCCUUUUAUGUUCUCAUACAACAAUGAUGACCAACGCAACCGAGCCAUCCUCAAGAUAGGCGAUUCCGAAUGGAGUAGGCCGCAGAGUUUCGAUGCGAUUGGAAGCACAACCGAGAUAGUCUUGCUAUCAUCGAAAAAGGAUUCCGAAAUCCAUGUUGGUAUGACUGUAGAACCCGGUGAGGGAAAAUACAAGUUGACAAAAGUUGUCACCCUGGCGCCACGCUUCGUAGUCAAGAACAAGAUCGGCGAAGAGCUUGUUAUCAGAGAACCAACUUCGUCGAAGACUAUGACUUUGCAUCCUGGUGGCUUGCAGCCUCUCCAUUGGCUUCAAAGAUCUGCUACCAAGCAACUUGUUUUAAGGUUCCCGGGGAUCGAUGAUCAGUGGACAGCACCAUUCAAUAUAUCGGAUUUGGGUACAGUGCAUGUCAAAAUUGCAAGAGCUGGGCAGCGACAACGCCUCAUCCGAGUCGAAAUUUUGAUGGAAGACGCGACGAUAUUCCUCCAUCUCAGCAUGGAGACGAAAAAUUGGCCUUUCUCCAUGCGGAAUGAAAGUGAUGUCGAGUUCACUUUCUAUCAAGCAAACCCGAAUAUAGACGAAGAUGGGGUUGAGGAUCGCUCUGGAUGGAGGCCGAUUAGGUACCGCUUACCACCGCGCAGCAUCAUGCCCUAUGCUUGGGACUUCCCAGCUGCCAAGUUUAAGGAAGUGGUUAUCAGCGCCUUCGGCAAAGAACGCCACGUAAAACUAGCGGAAAUCGGUAAUCAGAUCCCGAUGAAAUUCGUUACCGGUUCCGGUACCCAGAAGAUAAUCGAUAUUACUGUCGCUGCUGAUGGACCAACUCAGACGCUUAUUUUGUCAAAUUUCAAGCCGAGCAAGAGUCUUUACCGCCAGAGGACCCAUACGGGAUCAAGCAGCAGCAGUGCAGGCGGUUUCGAAGUCAAGAGUCAGGAUACCGAUAUAGCAUUCCAGGCACAGUUAAAGCUCUCCGGUAUUGGUAUCUCGCUCAUCAACCAACAGUUGAAGGAACUGGCAUACAUAACAUUUAGAGACAUCAACCUCCGGUAUAGUGAAUCGGCUCUAUAUCAAACUAUCAGUACAUCCAUCAAAUGGAUUCAGAUUGAUAACCAGCUAUAUGGCGGUCUUUUCCCGAUGAUACUUUACCCGAGCGUGGUUCCAAAGCAAGCACAGGAAACCGAGUUGCACCCUUCAUUACAUGCCAUGGUUACACGAGUGAAGGAUGAUUCGUAUGGCGUUUUAUACGUCAAAUACGCUACAGUACUGCUUCAGCAGAUGACCAUUGAUCUUGACGAGGAUUUCAUCUAUGCCGUCUUGGAUUUCUCCAAGAUCCCAGGAGCAUCAUGGUCCGAAACCAACGAGGGUAAGCUCUGCGAUGAAGGCCUAGAUAUCCCCGAGCCCAAGCAAGAACAAUCAGGUCAAGAUAUUUACUUUGAGGUCUUGAACAUACAACCUAUGCAACUAGAUUUAUCGUUCAUGCGUACCGAACGCGUUAACGUAGAGGACAAGACUUCUUCUCGGAAUCCUAUUAUGUUCUUCGUCAACGUGAUGACUAUGGCCAUCGGGAAUGUCAAUGAUGCCCCGAUCCGGUUGAACGCAUUGCUAUUAGAAAAUGCUCGAGUCUCCAUUCCUAUUCUGAUACAAAACAUUUCCAACCACUACAGCCAGGAAGUCUUAUACCAGGUCCACAAGAUCAUCGGUAGUGCGGACUUCCUCGGCAAUCCCGUCGGUUUAUUCAAUAGUAUCAGUAGCGGCAUAACGGAUGUCUUCUAUGAGCCAUACCAAGGGCUUAUUAUGUCUGAUAAACCCGAAGAUCUAGGACUGGGGAUUGCAAAAGGAGCCGCCAGCUUUGUCAAAAAAUCGGUCUACGGUUUCUCAGAUUCCUUUUCCAAAGUCACCGGCAGCUUUGGCAAGGGCCUAGCCGCCGCCACCUUAGACAAGCAGUUCCAAGAUCGCCGGCGGAUUACACGAGCUCGUAAUCGGCCAAAGCAUGCCUUAUUCGGCGUCACUGCAGGUGCAAAUUCUUUCUUUACCUCUGUUGCGUCUGGAAUCGGUGGUAUCGCCCGGAAGCCCCUCGAAGGUGCAGAACAAGAAGGCGCCGUCGGCUUUUUCAAAGGCGUUGGCAAAGGCUUUAUUGGUCUUGCGACUAAGCCUGCUGUGGGAGUUUUCGAUCUCGCGUCCAACGUAUCUGAAGGUAUUCGCAAUACCACAACUGUAUUCGACGGUUCCGAGCUUGAUCGUGUCCGCUUGCCGCGGUUUAUACCCAUAGACGGCAUAGUUCGUCCUUACAAUCAGCGCGAAGCCUUAGGCCAGUCCUGGCUCAAGCAAGUGGACAACGGAAAAUACUUCAACGAGGAAUACAUCGCACACUUAGACUUACCCAGAGAAGAUAUGGUAGUUAUGAUCACUUUCAGUCGAAUUCUUCUGAUUAGAAGCCGGAGGCUUACUACAGAAUGGGAUAUACCUCUGAAGGACGUACAGACGAUUACAAAGGAGCGCACAGGUCUCAGCAUCGUCUUACGCGGCGGUACUAAUGGGCCGUUUAUUCCUGUAAGUGAAGAGAGCGGACGAGCGUUCUUAUACCGAAUGGUAGCUGUGGCUGUAGAAGAAUUCAAUCGUAGAUUCAGGGGCUUGGAGUAAGAAGGCUCUCACCGGCAGUUAGGGCAGUGUGAAAGAGCAUAUGGGGGUAAAUUCAAAAGGCGGUGCACGGUUUAAUGCGUGCUUUAGGUUAGGAACUCGAGCAAAAUAUCUUGGCGUACGGGGUUUUUAUGUAUCCUUUAGAACAUGACAUAUCAUGACCAUUAUGACGCUAUUGUUAUCGUGUUAGCCAGUGAU